UGAAAAUAAUUCUGAGCUGAGGGACAUGAAACGAUCCCAAACUGCUGUUUCCACACGGAUGUUUUAACUGAGGGACAAUGGUCACGUGGGUCUUUGGAGGAAGUUUUACACGGAAGUUUUAUCAGAACUUUGUUAAGUUAUUUGUUUGUAAACAGUUGUUAUAAAUUAUCCGUGGGAGGAUUUCACUUUACGUAAACACAAACUCUUUUUCUCACUGAAGUUUGAACAAGAGGUUUCUUUGAAAACGAUUUUUCAAGUUUGUAUUUUAAACGAUGGCGUGUGAAGGAAACGGGAUGUCCGAUGAGAGAAUAGGAGCAGCCUUGAUCAAAGAAGUCAUUGAGGAGGAGCUGAAGGAGAUUCCCUCAGAGGAUGUUCCGCCCCUUACCCCACUGACUGUGCAAGUAAAGACUGAGCAGGAACGCAAGAUGGUGACCCAACUGGGCAUAAUGAUCCGCAUUAUCGGCGACAAAGUGCGAGAUGAUAAGGAGUUCCAAGAUGCAAUAGACGGAGUGGCACAAGGCAGUGGCUCUAAAUGGGACCGCUUUAAGGAAGUGGCAGACAAAGUGUUUGAGCAUGGGAUUACCUGGGAGAGGAUUGCUGUGCUCUUCUAUGUGGCUGGAAAACUGGCUGUUAGGAUGGUGGAAGCUCAUCUGCCUCAAUCCGUGAGGGAGAUCCUGAUGUGGACUGUGGACUUUUUCAAAAAUAAUCUCCUGGGCUGGAUUCGGGAACACGGUGGAUGGAUCAACAGUUUCUCAGAGCUGGCAGCGGUGUCCAUGCACAGCGUGUCCUCCAUGAACUCCCACACAGGAGGCCUGUUCAUCAUCUUCAUUGCCGGCCUGGUCCUUGGAAGCUUCAUCACCUGGAGACUGACCAGAUGACACAGACAGACAGACACACACACACACACAGGGGGAGAGAAGAUAAUUAUUUCUACCUACUUUUCUACUUUUCUACGAUAGUCUAUGCAUGACAUUGAACACUUGAAGAAAACAACAGUCAUAUCCUCAUCAAAUACGUACUGUAACCCUCCUGCUCACACAGAUCUGUCUGUCAUGAAGCUUUGAAAGAAAACAUGCAUGGUUUCAUGAUGUGUGGCUUCAGCAGUGUAUUAUCAGCAGUCACAUGUUUUUGGUGUUUUUAAUUGAAGACCCCCUUUUGUUAGAAAUAUGUAAAUAGAAAUGACUAAGUCCACCCCUUUUAUUUUUUGGGUAUAAAAUUGUUUUUUUUACAUUUUAUACUUAUAUUUUAUAGUUUUUGUUCAUUCAUAACAAAAAAAGAAAUCUUCAAAACAAUCUGUUAUGAUUAUAAUGGUUUGAACAUGUGUGAACUGUGAAACAGCAUGUGUUUACAAAUGGUUGAGAGGUUGAGAGAAAGAGAAGUCCCUUUUAACAGAAGAAAUCUCUGAUGGAACCAGACUCUGAGACUCUGUACCAACAUCUGCCUUGACGGGCUGGGUUAGAAGAAAGGAGGCAGGGUUAGUGACGUAUGGAAUGGUUGUCUUAAAAGUGCUUUAUGAACAAAGGAUUGGAUUGAUUACCACCAUGCACUCCUUUCUGCUUAAAAGCCCGGAUUGUAUGACCAGUCUUUAUUUGACAUCUAACCGGUAACUCUCAUCAAGUCUGUCCUUCGCUGCAGCGCUUUCUUCCGAGGAUCACCAGCUGUGCCUGUUCAGCCUGCCACACAGAGUAAUCUUUUCUCUCAUGUUUGUCUCACGUGAGAUAAAACUGCUUGAAGAGCUUCACAGCCACAUGCUGUAAGUGAAGAAACAAAGCUCAAACUUCAAAGCUUCACUAUCAAAUUAAGAAAAGUUAAAGUCUUAUGAAUUCAUCUUCCAUCCUGACCAUGUUCUGCUUGUUUCUUUUUGGGAAUAUUUACGUAGUUAAUUGUACAGUCGGCUGUUCAUACAAAUAAAAAUCAUGCAUGAUUCAUGA